UCCCUCUCUCUCAUUCUAUGAUUUUCCCUUAACCUUACUUUUACAAAAUAAAUGUCAAAAAAAUUUUGGAGCCCCCAUAAACCACAAUGCGAUGCACUUUAACCCGGGUUCCUUAUUUAAACACGUGAGGAACGUAUGUCGAAUUAAUAAAAUGGCGCAAAGUAAAUUCGAAUAUGUUAGAAAAUUCGAGACGGAAGAAAAGCUGCUACCAAAUUGCUGGAUCGUGGUAAGAAUCGAUGGUAGAGCCUUCCAUCAAUUCUCCACAAAACAUAAUUUCAAAAAACCCAACGAUGAAAGUGCGCUCGCCUUAAUGAACAAAGCUGCAAGUGUGGUCAUGAACGAGUUUAAAGACAUCGUCCUUGCAUAUGGGCAAAGUGACGAAUAUUCGUUUGUGUUACGCAAAGAUACAGCCUUGUAUAAUCGACGAGGCCCCAAGAUAAUGACUUAUCUCAGCAGUCUCUUCACAUCGUCGUAUGUGUAUCACUGGAAUCAGUUUUUCAAAGAAACAAAAUUAAAAUAUCCACCUGCGUUUGACGCCCGCGUUGUUCUCUACCCAAGUGAUCAGAACCUGAGAGAUUAUUUAAGCUGGAGACAAGCGGAUUGCCACAUAAACAACCUCUACAAUACGACGUUUUGGGCACUAGUACUUAAAGGUGGUUUAACAAAUAAUGAAGCUGAAAAACGGCUAUGUGGAACGCUUUCCUCCGAUAAAAACGAAAUUUUAUUUAGUGAAUUUAACACGAAUUAUAACAAUGAACCCGAAAUGUUUAAAAAAGGCACAAUUUUGAUUAGGAAAAGAAUUAAAAGCCCCAAGCAUGGAAAAGCUCGCUUGGUUAUCUUACCUUUACACGAAGACCUCAUUCAAGAUAAAUUCUGGGAAAAAAAUUCCGAAAUUCUGGCUAUUAAAACGGCACAAUUGUACGAAUGGCCUGAGGAGAGCCCCUUACCGUCGUUAGUAUUGUCGCAGUUACACAUUGGCGAGUUUGAUAGGGACAAGGAAAUUGUCAUUAUUGAGGAAACUGAUUGAUUAUUUUAACUGUUUAUUUUCAUAACACACAAAAACUAGUUGAACAAUAAUUACUUUAUAAUACAUUUAUUAUUUACAUUUGA